AUGUCUCGAGGAGGUACUACUCUCUACGUGACUGGCUUUAGCCAUGGCACGCGUGCUCGCGACCUCGCCUACGAAUUCGAACGCUAUGGCCGUCUUGUCCGUUGUGACAUUCCAGCCCCUAGAUCUGCUAGCAGCAGAUUGUUCGCCUUUGUGGAGUAUGAGGAUCGUCGUGACGCUGAUGAUGCGUAUCACGAGAUGCAUAAUAAGCGUAUCGGCCGUGAUGAUCUUCUAAAGAUUGAGUGGGCCCGCACUCCUCCGUCCGCAUCUUGGCGUUUCGACAGUGGUCGUGACCGCGACAGCAGACGUGACCGUGGAGGCCGAUCUCCUCGUCGCGGCCGUUCGCCUUCCCCUCGCCGCAGCACACGCGACUAUUCUCCCAGGAAGGACGACCGCCGUGACCGAGACCGUGAUCGCGACUAUGAUCGUGAACGCCGUGAUACCCGCGACCGUUCUCGUUCCCCGGAUCCUCGGUACAAAUCCCCGUCUAGCUCACCUAAGGUCCCUGCGAAGUCGGAGCUUACACCCUUACCUAGUGACCGCGAUCGUGAUGACCGAGACGACCGCGACCGCCGUGAUAACGGCACAAACGGUGAUGAUCGUAAAGCUGUCGACAGUCCUCCUCCUCAACACGACGACUUGGACGUUGCGGAGUGA